AUGUCCCCAAAAUUGUUAGCAGCCCAUUUAAUCUUCCCUUCCCUCACGGGCCCUUGAAAUCUGUCCCUUAAUACGAUCUCAGUACUUUAAUGUAACAAGGACCGUUUACAAUAUUUGAAACCGUUUUACUCUCAAUUCUUCUGUAUAUUUCUUUCCACCCUUUUUACUCCAACUCUCACGGCUAGACACAAUGGCGCAAACUCCCCAGCAGCGACGACGCAACGAGGCCUUUGCCAAGGGCAAUGAAGCCAGGAUGGGCAAGUCGGAGGAUCAGAUUAAGAAGCGUGUCGAGAAGGUUCAGAAGUCUCCUAUCUCCCUGUUCUGGAUCUCUAUCCUUGGGUUCGUCAUCUUUGGUGGUCUCGUCUUCGAGGGUAUCUCCCGAUUCUUCGGUUAAGCUUCCACCAAUUGAACCUUUCUAUACUAUAACAACAUAAACACAAACAACAACCAAAACGAAUACCCUUACCAGACCUCGCUCUCAGCGAUGGUACUGCAUUUUUUUAUAUCUGGGAGAGUAAGGGUCUGCGAGCCAUCUAAAAGCUAUGGACAAGCAUGGGGCACCAGUCCAUCGUUCAAAGAAGCUGAAAGGGUGGAAGGGCACAUAUAAUUGUAUUUCGCCAUGGGGGAACCUGUAUUGAAUUCACAGGAACUCGACUUAGGGAGAACAGGCGCAAUCUGGAAUCAACAUAAAUCGACUUCUUUUCGAAGAACAAAACAAGAGG